AUGGGGAUUUCUGUCAUAGUGUCUUUUCUUCUCGUGCUCUCCUCCACUCCACGCCGUGCACGGGCAGGCACGGGCCAUGGGGAGGCUGAGACAAGGGAGUGCAUCUACUACAAUGCCAACUGGGAGCUGGAGAAGACCAACCAGAGCGGCGUGGAGCGCUGCGAGGGGGAGAAGGACAAGAGGCUCCACUGCUACGCCUCGUGGAGAAACAACUCGGGCUCCAUCGAGCUGGUGAAGAAAGGCUGCUGGUUAGAUGACUUCAACUGCUAUGACAGGCAGGAGUGUGUAGCCACAGAAGAAAACCCUCAGGUGUUUUUCUGCUGCUGCGAGGGCAACUAUUGCAAUGAGAAAUUUACCCAUUUGCCUGAAGUCACCGUCAUAUACGAGCCGCCGCCGCCAACGCCCUCCCUGCUCAACAUCCUGGUGUACUCCCUGCUGCCCAUCGCCGUGCUGUCCAUGGCCAUCCUGCUGGCCUUCUGGAUGUACCGGCACCGGAAGCCUCCCUACGGCCACGUGGACAUCAUUGAGGAUCCUGGCCCACCACCCCCUUCUCCCCUGGUUGGCCUAAAGCCCCUGCAGCUCUUGGAGAUCAAGGCAAGGGGACGCUUUGGCUGCGUGUGGAAGGCUCAGCUGAUGAACGACUACGUAGCAGUGAAAAUCUUCCCUAUUCAGGAUAAGCAAUCUUGGCAGAGUGAGAGGGAGAUUUUCAACACUCCUGGCAUGAAGCAUGAAAACCUUUUGCAAUUUAUCGCAGCAGAGAAAAGGGGGACAAACCUGGAGACAGAGCUCUGGCUGAUCACAGCUUUCCACGACAAGGGUUCUCUGACAGAUUACCUGAAGGGCAACAUUAUCAGCUGGAAUGAGCUCUGCCAUGUUGCAGAAACAAUGGCCCGUGGCUUGUCCUACCUUCAUGAAGAUGUCCCCUGGUGCAAAGGUGAAGGACACAAACCUGCCAUAGCACACAGGGACUUCAAGAGUAAAAAUGUCUUGCUGAAGAAUGACUUGACAGCUGUGCUAGCUGAUUUUGGACUGGCUGUACGGUUUGAACCUGGAAAACCUCCAGGUGACACUCAUGGACAGGUGGGAACAAGGAGGUACAUGGCUCCUGAAGUGCUGGAGGGAGCAAUCAACUUCCAACGAGACGCCUUCCUGAGAAUAGACAUGUAUGCAAUGGGACUGGUGUUGUGGGAGCUAGUCUCCAGAUGUAGAGCAGUUGAUGGUCCAGUGGAUGAAUACAUGCUGCCUUUUGAAGAAGAAAUAGGUCAGCACCCAUCCCUUGAGGACCUGCAAGAAGUGGUGGUUCACAAGAAGAUGCGCCCCGUAUUCAAGGAUCACUGGCUAAAACAUCCCGGCCUGGCGCAGCUCUGCGUGACCAUCGAAGAGUGCUGGGACCACGACGCGGAGGCGCGGCUCUCGGCCGGCUGCGUUGAGGAGCGCAUCGCGCAGAUCCGCAAAUCCAUCAACGGCACUACCUCGGACUGCCUCGUCUCCAUCGUGACGUCCGUCACCAACGUGGACUUGCCACCCAAAGAGUCUAGUAUCUGAGUCCUGGGUCCUGGUUCGCUUUUGUCUUUCCAGACUCAGCGGAUUUCAAACAAACAAACAAAAAAAAAACAACAAGGAAAAGAGUUUAAAGGAAAAAAAAAGUACAAAAAAAUACAAAAUCACAAAAAUUCAACAAACCCAUGAAUGCAGCUGCUAUUUUAUCUUGACUUUUUAUUAUUAUUGUUAUUAUUAUUAUUAUUGUUAUUUUUUUGGAUUGGAUCAAUUUUACCAGCACAUUGCUCUACUGUAUUAAAAAAAAAAAGGACAUUUCAGCAAGCAUUCAGGUGCC